UUGUCUAAACAUAUCUUUCCAGAUUAUUGUCGAGCUGAUUUUGGAGCUAGUUUGUGAGAUCGUGUCCAACAUUGCCAACGUAUCCUCGGAAAAAGCCAUCAGGACGGCCAUCUUGGAGUGCUGCUUCUCGGUGAUCCGAAUCUACGUGAAAAACAACUCCAACCGUGUGUCGUUGGAUACCGCCAACCAGGAUAGUGAUCCGGUGGAUCUGAUUCUUAUUCUUAAACUGAUCAACCACCUAACGUCGAAAUUGCUCUUCACGGAUGACUUUGCCGGUUCGGAUGAAACCAAUGCUCAGUCGUCGGAGAUUUGUAUUUUUGGUAUCACGCACAUCGUACCACUGAUCACGAUCGAUCUAAUCAAGUAUCCAGAUCUCUGUAUGCAAUACUACAGCACGAUCACAUCGUUCAUCGAGGAGAAGUCACAUAUUAUUCCCACGUUGCAUCCAGACUUGCUGAAACAGCUGCUGGGAUCGAUCGAGCUGGGCCUAAGUUCCUUCACUUCGGAAAUCGAGUGCAAGUGUUUGGAAUUCCUGGAAAUCUACGCCAACAGUGUGUACUUCAACCAGGAUCCUCAGGCACCGAUGGCUCAACUGCUGCUUCCGUUCCUCAAGCUGAUGCUAGACAUGAUCUUCGGCCAAAAGAUUGAUUUGAACAACACAAUGGACUGGUACCGGACGGUGUUUGUGAUGAUCUGUUGUUUCCCGGAGCAUUACAAGGAAUUGUUGCACAACUUCCUCAGCGAGCAGUUUGAUUCGGAGGCAAGUUUGGGCAAGGAUCUGGUUGAAAGUAUGGCCACGGUAAGUAAUAUUGAGUUCGUUAACAAUCGGUUAACAAAGUCCAAGUUUAUCGAUAAAUUUGACAAAUUUGUCGUGCUGGUUAGUACAAUGGUGAAGAAAUAAACUGGUUUUAUUUUACUAUUUGGUUACGAGAAAUUGAAUAAGGAAAAAGAAUAUUGCUUUUUUUUUUUGAAACAGUAAAUAUGACUAUCUCUUUUUUGUGUUUCUCUAAAAGUGAUAAUGUACGCUAGAAAAGAUAUCUGCUGUUCUAACAUUUACAUUUCAAUGCUUGAAAGAUAAGAUUCGAGCAUAAACGAUCGAAGAGCACAAAUGAAGAGAUUGACCUACCAGAAACAAAUGGUAACACCAAAAGUCCGGUCGAUGGGUAUCGAAUGAUUGUACUUGUAGAUUAUAUAGGAAACUUUAACUAUGUACUACAUUUGCCAUGUACUGAAGGCAGUUUUGUGUCUUCGUGUUAUGUUAUUCUGCGUUUACUUUUUGUGAUCGUCUUUUAAAUGUAUUGCUAUUUUGAGAAACUUUUUUUUAAUGGGAAUCGUCGAAUGUUUUCUGUAGUACGAUGGAGGAUAGCGAUCGAUCUUGUAAAUCUGUAUGUAGGUAGGAAUGUGUACUUAGAUAGGGGCAUGAACAUAACAGCCAUUUAUUCCUCUUUGUGCGAAUUUCGGUCCAAUCGUUUUUGUUUCAUGUUUUAUCGUUAUCAUCUUUAAACAUUUCGACUUUAAGUAGAGAACUGUACAGUUUUUAAAUAAUUCCAUGGCCUUUCUCUUGUUGAUAGACAUGAUCUUACUCUUACUGACUGUCCUAUAGUCUGUCGAAAAAAAAAGAAUCACUUUACUCUGGAGCACUGUGCAAAGCUUAUGGCAUACAACACAAUCACUUAACAGUUGUAGGUUUACUUUUUUUCCUUUCAAAUUUAAGAAAGUCCUCUCGAAGAAACGGAAACUCUCACGAGGUACGAUUAGGUAACAAAACAUACAUUGUCAUAAAAAAAUAUUAUCGGGAAACGAUCUGAGGGAGGUUGGAUUAGGAAACAAUGUUUUGAGGUCGAAUUUUACACGCACUUUUUGCAUAACUUUUUAGUAACAGUAUCAAAGUAGUGAAUCAAAAUGAAGUAAAAACUAUAUAUUUAUACAAAAGAUGUAAUGUAAUGACGACAUUAAAAUAGUUUUUUGAAUGGAUGAAUAACUUAACGAUCUGUAACGUUUCAGAAUGAACGUCUGAUGUGGAGUUAUUUCAUGUAACGAAAUUGGUAUGAAUUUGUAAACGACUUUCGAUUAUUUAUUCACUUUAUUAUACGCUUCGCUGUUGAAGAGAAAUCGGUCAGACACUAGAGUAUAUUUUACCGUAUAAUUAUUAUAAUUAAGCGUUACAUUUUAUAAAUAGGAUCAGAUUUUUACCAUCGUUAUGUGAACAAAGACUAAACUUCUUAUACCGUUACAUUCAUGUGUGCAUUCAUUGUGCAGCGAUUUUGUGGUGUCACCAAAAGAUUACAUUCAUCAGUUUUUAUUUCGUGUGUAGUUCAUUAGAAAACGUAAACCAUAACAUUUUCUAUAUUUUGAAACCUUGUGAACCUUUUAGAAGCCAUUACUUGUAAAGUUUUUGCGAAAGUACAUUGGACAUCAUCUUUUUCGUGUAAAUAACGUUUUUGUCGGUCAUAAAGUACGUGUUCUGUUGUACUAUAUAUUUAUAAGCCAAGCAUCUUUCCUCGGAAGUGAAACAAUUUAUCUAAAACCCAAUAGAGAUUAUCGAAAUAAAAUUGGAAAAAGUAUAUUUCUCCUUUCUAGUUAAUAUCUACAACACCCAGAAGACAGCCCAGUUUACUUCUGGAGUUUGAACAAAUUGUUGAAAUUUUACUGGCACUCUUUUGAAAACAAUCAAACAUUAGAACACACAAGCAUGAAUACCCAAAACCCAAUCUCUCUUUCGUAGAAUAGAUGGUAAGUUUUAAACAAAGUCAUGAACAGAUAUACGCGCAUGUGUACAACAAAUACAAAUACACCUAUCCACAAAGCAAAAGAACAGCGUUAGAGAAAUGCGUUCAUUCGUAUCAAUAUCAAUUCCCAACCGGAAACAGCAAUCCUGUUCGGUGCUCAAGCCGAAGACAUUGAAAACUAAGACUCGAGAUCAGAAAAAAGCAUUUUGCGCACUCGAAUCGCACGUAACCGCGCAAACCACGCAUGGCAGCAGUUACCGUGCCGCCGUUAGCUCAGUGCUGGAUACGUGUGAAUCGAUGUAACUUAUUACUUUCUAAAAGUACAAAAUAACCAGUCACAUGGAGCGAUAUACU